CAACGACGUGUUUCCACCGAUACACGAGUCGUCACAACAUUCUAGAUUAUCCCAAACUUCCUGCAACGACGUGUUUCCACCGAUACACGAGUCGUCACAACAUUCUAGAUUAUCCCAAACUUCCUGCAACGACGUGUUUCCACNGCAACGACGUGUUUCCACCGAUACACGAGUCGUCACAACAUUCUAGAUUAUCCCAAACUUCCUGCAACGACGUGUUUCCACUGAUACAUGAGUCAUCACAACAUUCUAGAUCUUCCCAAGCUUCCUGCAACAGCAUGUUKCCGCCGAUGCACGAGUCAUCACAACAUUCUAGAUCUUCCCAAACUUCAUGCAACAGCACGUUUCCACCGAUACACGAGUCGUCACAACAUUCUAGAGCGACCAAAACUACCUGCAACAYCACAAACUUUUACAAUGCUAAACAGAAGAAAGAAGAGCAACAGAAUCACCAAUUUCAAUACCCACCAAAAAACCAAAGCAAGGGAAACACCAGGAUUGGCAUGGAUGGUUCAAUUGACAUGCUUUCUUUGUAUAAUUAUGAUGCYUCUUCUGGAAACAUCCCACUGAAACAACCACCAACAUAUUCGAAGUCUACCAAAACCACAACAAACUUGUACAAUGCAAAGCUSAAGGAAGAAGAGAAGCAGAGGCACCAAUUUCAAUACCCACCGAAAGUCCAAAGCAGGGGUAACGUCAGGAUUGAUGUGGACGGUCCUAUUGACAUGUCUUCUUUGUAUGAUUAUGAUGAUUACGAUUCUUUUAACAACAAAAAAAACGACGCUUAUGCUAUGAAAAAACAAAGCACCACCAACAAARUGGAUGUUGAUGGAGAAAAGAAGGCCGGCGUCCCAUGGUCUAACAAUGCUACUACUCAUCGAAUGAGAUCCAGAAUGAAUCAUCGAMGGCGAUUGCGUCGUGGCUAUGAUAGCGAUGAGGAUAGUGACGACGACGACGACGACGAUUACGAUGACAGUGAUGAUGAUGACAGCGAUGAUGGUGGGGGCGACUACUAUAGCCGCACUCGUCGAAGGUCAACGUCGAGUACAAGGAGCGGGAAUUAUAACGCUGUCGGAGCCGUUGCAGUKUACUCCAGUGGUGUACUGGUGUCACAAAGCCCGGCCGUCUUGACACAGCAUACUAAAUCAGAACAGCAACGUCACGAAGAGGAAUCCCUACAAAGCAGUGGCCCGACAAUCAACGCAGAUAGUUUUCUUGCAGAUAGAAGAAUCAGUGGGUCGGAAAGUUUGAGUACAUUCUAUACUAGAGAGUCCUCCCGCAACAUUACAAAUAGCAGCAGCAGCAUGCAAUUCCAGCAGCAGCAACAUGGGAGUUCGUUAAUAGAUGCUGCAGURGAACACACAGUGUCAGGUUCCAUUGCAGAUCUCACCCAUGGAUCCACUCUACCAGAGGACGAAGCCAGCAGUAUUCUUGUCAACGAUAACUCUGGUGAGAACGCUGAUGGCGAACACCAAAAAGCUAAGAAACUUCCAUGGUAUAGGUGCCCUGUAUUCUACUGGAGUAUUGUAGGCACAACUGUCUUGCUGACGACCAURUUGGUGCUUUUGUUUGUCUUUCGCGACAAGAAAGAAAAGCCGGUGCCGAUCGCSGAAAUUCCGAUUUUGUUUCCUUCCGCUACACCGUCCCCUUCCACUACACCAACGGCAUCCCCUUCCACCACCCCAACAGCUUUCCCUACCAUAGUGCCACCCAAUCCCAUCAAGGCCAAAGCAUUCGAACAGUACAUCAUCGCGGCAGAUAUUACGAGCCCAGAGACCUGGAAAAAUCAGUCCUCUCCUCAACACGAUGCGUAUCUUUGGUUGAUGAGAGAUGACGGGGUUGUUCAAUAUUCUCAGACCAUGACGAACSAAAACAUCGAACUGAUGAGGAUUAGAUAUAUUCUAGCGGUUUUUUACUACGCGCUAAAUGGGGAUGAAUGGAAUGUCAACACCGGAUGGCUAAGCGAUAAAACCCAUUGUGGUACAGGUUGGAAAUUUGUCAGUUGCUUGAAAGUCGGGGAUGGAGCUGACGAGACAGGGAAUUUCGUAAAACCUGUGGUUGGCCUCAGGAUUGAAAACAACAACCUUAACGGAUCACUGCCAAGUGAGCUGGCGCAUCUUUCCGAACUCCGUACGUAUAAACCCUUGUGUUUGAUAUCAGUAUUGCUGUUGUUAUAGCCUUUCUGCAAGUCUUAAGCGUGGAUUGUGUGGUGAACAUUUUAGGCAAGAAUUUCUCACGAAUUUGUUAUCGGUCUUUUUCACAGAGUAUUUGUUGCUCUCAGAUAACAGAAUUCAAAGUGUAGAAGGGAUCGGAACCGCUAUUGAUUCGUUGAGUGAGUUSGUUAUAGUCAUUCUAAUUUGUGUGUAUGCCAAGUAUUUGCCUUGGCUUUGGCCACUGACUUGACCUCUUGUUCAUUGCUUKUCUUAUUGCUUCCCCUCUGCAUCUAUUUCCAAAUUUCGACGUACAGAGUAUCUUCGUCUCGCCGAGAAUCCAGAGCUGCUACACCACGCAAGCCUGUUCAGUUUGACUAAUUUGCGUGAGUAUGAAUACAGUAGAGUGGAGAACAAUAUCUCUUCACAAAACCACCAACCACCUUUGAAUUCGCUUUCGCACGAGCACUACUAGCUUCUAACAUGCGUAUGCACUUAUUUAYUUUGUUUGAUUGGYUCUCUUAUCAGAACAACUGUAUCUAAAGAAUACUGGAUUUGAAGGAACUCUGCCUAGCCAGCUGCAGGGGCUAUCGAAACUGAGUAAGUCMGUUGAAUCUCGUUUCUAGAACGGAAACAAUKAUGUCGCCGAUUUUGACUCGUACCUUUGUACGACACCAUAUCUCUUCCUUUCACUGUACAUUUCAAUCCAAAAUUCACCGAUUUUGUUAUUUUCUGAAUUGUUUGCGACCCAGCCGAUUUGGAUUUGUCCGACAACCGACUUACCGGAACACUGACCGACCAGUUCAAAACAAUGUCUCGAUUGCAGUAUAUCGUUCUCGACUUUAACGAACUCGAAGGCAAUUUAGACGAUAUACUGAAUUGCGGAAGCUGUGCYAGCACGCUCGAGACCUUUCGUUCCGACCGCAACCCGCUGACCGGAAGCCUUCCAGACCGACUGUUCGACUUUUCGGCGCUCGAAUUUCUYUCGGUGUCUAGGUCGGGUGUUUCGGGGAGCAUCCCCGCGCGCAUCGGAGAACUGACGGCCCUCACCCAUCUGGACAUCUUCGAAAACCUGAACAUGGAUGGCUCUCUUCCAACCGAAAUCGGUGCUCUUGUGAACCUCCAGGAGCUCGAUGUGUCGGAAUGGAGUCUCACCGGGACGGUGGCCGACCAAUUUUCGAGGAUGCCCCGGAUGGAGACCCUGCGAAUUGGCGAAACCCUUCUAGAGGGAUCCAUCCCGGCUGGAGUUUGCGAGUUUGUGAACCUCAGGAGGAUAGAACAUCCCGCCAGUGUCAACUGCACAUGCCCGGGGAUAAUCUGCAGGGAGAAAGGAUGACCCCGUGUGGUUGAUCGUUCGAAACGAUUUCAUUCGAUUUGUGGACGGGGUGCCCAUCCCGCAAACGCCCAAAMCCUURGAAGGGGCUUUGUUUCCUCGGGCGCGGGCGCKCAAGAAGUGUCGUUCCUCGUUUGSCAGCGUGGUUUCGGAUGGGCAGCGCGGGGACAAACAAGCAAGCACCGCGCUCCGGGCCCCCGUGCGAUUGCCAGCCCGUUUCUCGGGGUUUCGGGUUUUGGAAUCACGCGUUCUUCGGUGCAACAAUGGCAUUGCGGUCCCGGUCCAUCUAUUUUUCCGACCAGCUAGGCGGUGUAAUUGCUCUGCCGUGUGCCACUGUGCUUUGGUUCUUGAGCAGGGUUGGCGGUCGGAAGCAAGGAAACGAGCGGAGGCUUCGGGGUGGAUGGUUUGGCCGGSGCCUAUUGCAAGCCCACCGUGUGCUUCCCUGGCUUCGGUACAGCCASGCGGGGGUUUGGAGGAAAGAAACCUGCUGCCCUUGUUGUCGGCAGCGCCUGCUACUGYCCCUCGUUCCCUGGUGGUGGUGAACUGCUACGACUAGCGAGUAGUAGCUACUACCUACUGUACUGUUAUUAGUUCAGUUUGUGCACUACYACUAGUAUCACCACUAGCGAACCAAUACCCGCCGUCUCCAUGGCAAUGACAGACCGUGGCUUGUGCCGUGACUUGCCGAAGAAGUUUUGUAGAGUAGUAACAAAGAACUAAACCAUUG